GCCGGAUUGGCUGGCUCUGGAGGCGCAGCUCUUACUGUCACGUGGUGUACGUUGUGUUCUUAUCACGUGGCUACCUCCCAGCUUAGGCUGCAUGAGAAGGGUGCGGGCUCCCGCGGUCCUGCUCGGCGGAGGGGUGAGUGAGCGGCCCCGCCCCUCCCGGUUCGGAAGCCUGGACCACCACCCGCACCCUAACCCCAGAGUUGCCUGUGGUUUGUGGGGAGACACCGAAUUCAGCGCCUGCUCCCAGGCCGCGCUGCUCCUGUCGCUCCUUUGGAUGCCGGCGCUGCUGCCUGUGGCCUCCCGCCUCCUCUCGCUGCCCCGCGCCCUGACGGCCAUGGCUUCAGGAAGCCCCCCGGCCCAGCCCUCGCCGGCCGCGGACUCCGGUUACGUUCCGGGCUCGGUCUCUGCAGCCUUCGUGACCUGCCCCAAUGAGAAGGUCGCCAAGGAGAUCGCCAGGGCUGUGGUGGAGAAGCGCCUGGCAGCCUGCGUCAACCUCAUCCCUCAGAUUACAUCCAUCUAUGAGUGGAAAGGAAAGAUUGAGGAGGACAGUGAGGUGCUGAUGAUGAUUAAAACCCCAAGUUCCUUGGUGCCAGCUUUGACAGAUUUUGUUCGCUCUGUGCACCCUUACGAAGUGGCUGAGGUGAUCUCCUUGCCUGUGGAGCAGGGGAACUCGCCAUACCUGCGCUGGGUGCGCCAGGUGACAGAGGCAGCUUCUGACCCCAGCACCGUCCCACCAUGACGAGCCCUGUUCCUGCCACGUCCCCUCCCAUACUUCAGGGCCCUCUGACCUGCAGAGGACGCCUGGGCCCCUAAUAAAUCCUACCUUUGGUUCUUUCUG